UUAAAAACAUUUCACUUUCCAUUUCACUUUCAAAAAAAAAAAUUAAGAUUUGAAAAAAAGAUAUAACCAUGGUAUCUUGACUUUAUGUUUACCACCUAAGGGCAUCCAACAACAAACCUUUCCAGCUGAAUGGCCAAAUGUUCAGCUGUCAUUUAAUGCUUAGAGCUUUCACAGAAAUUUUUCCUGCUCUACAAAUACAAUACUAAGUUGCUAUUUCUAAAAGAAUGAGAAACACUGCACAAUACUUCAGGCAGGAACACAAGGACACAAUGAGCCGCGCUUCUCACGUAUAUCUCGUCAAGACCCUCUACCGUCGUAUUUUGAACCUCCAUCGUUCGCUUCCCAUUACACUAAAAGCACUUGGUGACCAGUACGUAAAAGACGAGUUCCGAAGGCACAAAAAUGUCAGCUUAGAACAAGCUGAGCAGUUUGUACAAGAGUGGAAGAUGUACGCCGAUAUGUUGCAACAACAACAACAGCAGUCCAACCGUGAAGAMCUGGGAGCCAACUUGUCAUAUGAUCAGAUCGAUGCCUUUUCCAAUGAACAGCUGGGCCAACUAUAUACACUUCAACAAGAAGCUACCAAACCAGACGAAAAAACUGACCAAUGACAAACUAGCAUUACGUAACAAACCAAUCACUGAUGACCAAUGAUAAACAAGCAUGACGUCAUAACGGCGGACCAAUGAUGAGAAAGCUACGUCAAGUCAGCCUCAUUAGAACUGAAUAAAUUGCACGAAAAAGUACGGAAUCCUGUGUAUGCACCCUCAAUGUAAAGCUGGUUUCCACUUAUGAUACAAUACGACUAAUGAAAUUGGGGACAACUCGACAUUAAAUCACUUURCAGCCUUGGGGUCAAUUGCUCAAGAUUUAUUAAUACAUAAGCCAAUCACAUUUCAAAUUAUUAUACGAGCUAAGAGCUGCUUUGAAACUAGCUCUCUGGAUUUACUGUAAUUAUAUGAAUGGUAAGGUUUACCGAGGUGGCCCCAGUUUAAGGGUAAAUCGAGACUUGUGAUCAACCCCGAUACCCCUGGCUCAAAUUCAGUAAUGACUAUUUCUGUGUAUUUGAAGACGAAAAGAAAAGGAUGACAAAUCAUUUUUAAUAAAAUCAAAUUUUACAAAAGCUUUGU